CGAGCGACAAUACCAUUCCACCGUUGUGCUCAGACAUUUCCCUUCACUCCUCUUUACUCAUCUCUUCCCUUUAAUCCCUUUCCUCACGGUCUCUCAUUGGUGCUGACUGUUCUGUCUGAUCCCUUUUAUCCCUCCUUCUUUCUUUUCCUCUUUCAUUUCGUUUUAUUUUUAGCAUUAUAAAUAUAUAAUAUAUUAUAUUAUUUACAAACAAGAGUAGAGAAAAUGAGUCAGCCACAUCUGCCUCUCUUUGGCAUCUUGGCCUCAUUGGAUGUGACAGAACGGAAUGCUGCAGCCUUGACCCUCAUCAAGGCCCUUGCUGUCCUUCAGAAUUCACAUUCAUGUGACUUGGAUCCCACAAAGGAAGACAUUGAUAUCACUGAGAAGACAUUAGACAUUCUUUGUCACCCAGAUGUUGUUUAUGCUCUUAAACGACUUAUCAGGGGAUUACCUAGUGACCGAGAAGCUGCCCGUCAGGGCUUCUCUCUUGCUUUAACUGAGUUGCUGAUCGGAUUGAACUUCUUGACUGUCAAGAUCGUGCUGGAGCUCUUGUUCAGAUUUACAGAGAUCAAGAAUUUUAUGAAGGGGAAGGAGGAGCGGAAUCAUAUGUUCGGAAGGAUUUUCGGCUUCAUGAGCAUUAUUCAGUCCGGUAUGUUGACUCGGCCAAGGACUACGGAUGAGGAUAUCAAACUGAUCAUUGAUGAUCUGGUCGAGUAUUCACGGGAAAAGUCUUAUUUGUCAGAGGUUUGCCAUCAGGUGCUCGUCAUGAUGCUUCCUCAGAUUAUCAAUCAUCCCAAGUCUGUUAAAUAUAUUGUCGACACUGUUUUUGCCGAAGGCGUCAAUACACCAGAUGAGUUGAACGUUGCCAUGGUUUUAAAGGAGCAUCUGGAUCAGAUCAACAGCGGACUAUCUAAAGAAGAUCAGAUCAACUGGACAAGGGUUCUUGGUAAAUCAUGGAAGAACCCCAUUAUCCUUCACCCCUCCAACCUCAAGUAUCUGGGUUUAUUGCUCAAGGAAGCUUCAACUGAGGAAGGAACCCAACCAUCAUCCAACUGGCGUCAAAAUCUUCAUCCUGUUUGGGACCGUAUUCUUGCUCAAUAUUUCAACAACGCUAAUAAUGUGUCUGUAUCCCAGAUUGCUCCUUUCCGUGAUUUCUGGAAUGUUGUCAUUGAUUCCACAUUAUUUGACUCGAGCUCCUCUCAUGAGCGCAAAUAUUGGGGAUUCCAGAUUUUUGAGAGAGUUUUGCCGGUCUUGGAUGAGGAUCAACUUCCACUUAUUUUCACCACCAACUUUAUGCGCUGCUUUGUGAACAACCUUGCGAGCGAGGAUCGAUUCUUGAACAAAGCAGCCAAACACACGAUGGCGGCGAUGCAUGCUAGGGCAGAUACGAACGAAGCCGUUCGUUUGACGUUGAUCACACAGCUGCUGGAUAAGAAUCCGAAUUUUGAUCGCAUGUCCCGAUCCAAGACAGUGGAGACAUUGCUCGGAGGAUUGGAUGUCACUCAUAUUAAGGACUAUCUUCAAUACCUUACCAAAGCCUUUGUCGAACAGGAGACGUCUGAAUCCAACAGUGUGGAGCGUGGCAAGCGCGUCGAUGUCAGCAGACAAUGGACUAUUGACCAGAUGUUCUCGCUUUUCCGCAAUCCCAAGGUUCCACGGGAGGAGGGCUGGAUCAAGUCGAUUCUGGAGUUCUAUCUGGUCCAUGCCUUUUUCGAGAUCAAGAAGGCUGACAGCAAAAACAAGUAUGCAGAGGCUCAUAGGCUGCCCUCGCCUCCUCUCUCUGGCCCUACCCGAGAAUCGUGCAGGGGCCGGUUUUACAGCAUGAUGGCUGAACUUUCUACGAUGGCGCCAUUGGCGGCCAAGAGGGAGAAUGAGGAGACUGAGGCGAUUAACUAUAGCCGUAAACUCAAUGGUACGAUGGUGGAUGGCACGUUCUGGUGCUCCUAUGCUCUGAAUAUGAUGGUUGAUCUGGAGAAGAACAAGAACUUUCAAUCGUUGGUCACCCUUGGGGAUGAUGCUGCCAAGGCCAAGAAGACUGCUCUGGCUCUGGUGGGUAAGAUCCAAGAAAGGUCAAAGAAGGCAUCGAAGGGACUCAAGGCACAGUAUAAGGCUUUUGAGCUACUCUUUGUGCAGAUGAUCCUUCAGCUCUAUAUCGAACCAGAGGAUUCGACCAACAUUUUGGGUGAAUUGCACGAUUGCUACGACAAAGUCUUUGGGCCGUCCUCCAAGUCUAAGAAGGCCAACGGCAAGACAUCAGCCCAGGAUGAGGAUGGGGAGGACGAAGAGGAGAUCCAGCCUGUGGAGGUUAUUGUGGAUAUCCUGCUCAGUUUCUUGAUCAAGCCCUCGGCACUGCUCCGUCAUGUGUCAGAACAGGUGUUUGUGAUCUUUUGCGAUAAGAUGACCAAGACUGGCCUGGAGUUGAUGUUGUCGACUCUUCAGACCAAAGAUAAUAAGGAUGAUAUGUUUGGAGAAGAGAAUGAUGAAGAAGAUGAAGACGAGGAUGCAGAGGCAGAUGCCCACAACCAAUCUGGUGAGGAAGAGGAAGAGGAAGAAGAGGAAGAAGAAGGAGAAGGAGAAGAAGAUGAUGAUGAAGAUGAAGAAGAGACCGAGGACAUGGAUGUGGAUGAGGAAGAGGAUGAUGAGCCUGUUGACGAGGAGUUUAGAAAGAAGCUCGCUGCGGCUCUGAAUAUGAAGGACGGUGGGGAGGAUGAGGAAUCGUCGGAUGAGGAGCUCUUGGAUGAUGACCAGAUGAUGGCUUUUGAUGAGAAGCUGAACGAGAUCUUUAGGCAGAAGAAGCUUGCGAAGGCUCAGCAGAAGGAUGCGAAGCAGACGCUGGUGCACUUUAAGAACAAGGUGUUGGAUUUAUUGGAGCUGUACAUCAAGAAGCAAUCAUCGAACGAGUUGGUGUUGGAAUUGGUUGUGCCCCUGCUGUCGCUUGUUGUGACCCCGUCCGCUGGUAAUAUGCCGAUCCACGACAAGAUUGUGUCGUUGUUGCGGAACAAGCUUGCGAAGAUCAAGGACUAUCCACGGGAGUAUGAUGAGGAACAUGUGUUUGAGAUCUUGUCGCAGGUGCAUGAGCUAGCCAAGAAGUCGCCGGACGGGAAAUCAUCAAGUCUGUGCGGAGAACUUUCAUUGUUGUUGGUGAAGGUAUUGAUUGGUGGUCAGGAUGAGAAGACGGCUGUAGGGGAGACCAAGGUGGAGAGAACGGCAGUAUCGACAGGAAAGAGGACACGUGGGAUGAGUAAGAAGAGCAAGGCAGCAGCAGAGGUGGAUCCUGAGGAGGCAGCGCUGAAGGCGAAGCAAGAUCGGGUGAUUGGGCUGUAUAGUGCUAGUCUGAAGGAGUUUAUGACGCGCAAGCACUCGAACUUGUCAGCGAAGAUGUUUUUAGAGUUUAUUGACCGAUUCCCACAUUUGGCAUGGCAUCUGUCGAGCACAUUGUUGGAGUACACGAGUCCCAAGGCAGUGGUGAAGACAUUCCGACAGACGAUGGCCUUUACGAUGCUUGCGGCGCUGGUGAAGCGUCUUGCGAACAAGAACACACCAGAGUUUGAGCCUCUGUUUUUGGAAACGGUACCGCUGAUCCGGAACUCUUUGAUUGAGACAUUUGAGGGGGCAUUUGUUGAUGUGGAAAAGAAUGAGGCGACAGCAACGGCAGCGGCCAGAGGAUUGAAUGUAGCACGUCUGCGUGAGAUCCUCAAGUUUGCGAUACUGUCGGCACGGAUGGCGAAGCGUUCGGAGAAUAGGGUGAAGGAGAUUUGGCAGACAGAGAAGAUGGGACCGUUGCUUCAACGGAUCAGUGAGGACGGACGGUUCAACAGCGGAGCAUUACGUUCGUUGAUACAGCAGAUGUUGGUGUUGAUUGAGAGUGAGAUCAAGCUGAUGAGGGGUUCGGUCAAGAAGCAGGAGAAGCAGGAGAAGCGUAAGCGUGCGUUGGAGGCACAAGCGAACGGCAGCAGUAAAAAGAAGGCCCAUCGGUCCAAGAAACGUAAAGUAGCAACCACAAAAUCAACUACAUCGACACUUUCAGAAGCAUAAAAAAGGAAAG